UGUUCAUUUUUCAGACAUUGCUGAAUUUUCUAUCUCUUCCUCAAGGACAGACAUGCAGCAGAGACAGAUAACGAAUCUGAUGGAAUGGCAGAAACAGGUUCAGAAUGAGAAUGUUGUUGCCAACAAUGGGAAGGUUAUCAUGACUGAUGAGCAGUUGGAAACUCUGAGGAAACAAAUCGCAGCUUAUGCCAACAUUUCAGAGCAACUACUUCAGAAGCACAAAACACUCUCAGUUCAGCGCAAUCUUCCAGUUCCCAAGCAGAAACGUAGUGGUGUAGUGGGAGAUAUAAGCAGUGACCCAUUGACCCACAAGAGGUGGACUCCAACGCUCAAGCAGCUUCAGAUUCUUGGGCGAAUAUUUGAGGAGGGGAAGGGGAAGGGAACUACAAACAAGGAAAAAAUCAAGGAGAUAACCGCUGAACUGAGCCAGUAUGGCCAAAUAUCCGAAAGAAAUGUUUAUAAUUGGUUUCAGAACAAGCGAGCUCGACGGAAAAGAAAACGGCAUAAUGUGACAGAGGGUAAGGGUAACACUGAAUCAGAAAUAAACAAUGAGGAAUAUCAGUCCCAACCAAUGGGCUAA